AUGGUGCAAAACGAUGCAUACGUUUCUCGGUAUAUUUAUACCUAUUUACCUUUGUCAAUCUAUUUUUAUCAAAAGAUAUAUUUAUCUUCAUUUUAUCGAUCUGAGUUAGCUCAAGUCUAUCGAUUAGUUUCAAUCUAUUACAUAAAUAUAUCAGUCUGUUACUAUCUAUCUAUCUAUCUAUCUAUCUAUCUAUCUAUCUAUCCAUCUAUCUAUCUAUCUGUCUGUUUGCUCCAAUGUCUUCCUAAUAUCUAUCUAUCUAUCUAUCUAUCUAUCUAUCUAUCUAUCUAUCUAUCUAUCUCUGUUCAUUAUCUAUCUAUCUAUCUAUCUCUGUUCAUUAUCUAUCUAUCUAUCUAUCUCGGUUCAUUAUCUACCUAUCUAUCUAAGUUCAUUAUCUAUCUAUCUAUCUAUUUAUCUAUUUAUCUAUCUCUGUUCAUUAUGUAUCUAUAUAUCUAUUUUCAUUAUCUAUCUAUCUAUCUAUCUAUCUAUCUAUCUAUCUAUCUAUCUCUGGUCAUUAUCUAUCUAUCUAUUUCUGGUCAUUAUCUAUCUAUCUAUCUAUCUAUCUAUCUAUCUAUCUAUCUAUCUAUCUAUCUAUGUUCAUUAUCUAUCUAUCUAUCUAUCUAUUUAUCUAUUUAUCUAUCUCUGUUCAUUAUGUAUCUAUAUAUCUAUUUUCAUUAUCUAUCUAUCUAUCUAUCUAUCUAUCUAUCUAUCUAUCUAUCUAUCUAUCUCUGGUCAUUAUCUAUCUAUCUAUUUCUGGUCAUUAUCUAUCUAUCUAUCUAUCUAUCUAUCUAUCUAUCUAUCUAUCUAUUUAUCUAUCUAUCUAUCUCUGUUCAUUAUCUAUCUAACAUUAUUAUUGUUUUGCUUUUACUUCAUGUAGUUUAA